CCACUCUCCAAUAUUUUCGUCUGCAAAGAAUAAGCAGGAAGAACAGGACUUGUCCAACUGAUAAUUUCCGAUUCUGUAGACGAAUUUUUAUAUAACAAACUCAAUUCUUCUCUCUCUACUUUUUUUUUAAUUAAUAAACCAGAAUUAGGCCAAGAUGGUGACUGGUAGCUCUCAUAAAUCUGUGAAAUUCUCCAGUUAGGUCACGUUUCAAUUUCUCGACCCACACUAAAAGAAUCCAACUUUUGUAUUUGUUUACAGGUGCAGUGUCGAUUUCUUGCUCUGCAAAAUUCAAAAUUGGCAUGAGUUUUCCUUCAGAUUUCCUCUCUUUCUUUCCUUCAAACUGAAUUUUUCACCACUGGGUGUUAAAAUCCAUGGCAGAUUCAGAAACUCUUUCUUUCUCCCAACCCUCUUGGUUUCUCUGAAUAUGGAUUUCUAUUAUCGCUUAUUCUUUCAAAAUCUGUUCUUGUUUCUUGCUAUCCUAUUCAUCUCUGUUUUCUUCUAUUUGGUUCCUCUGUUCACUUUCAUCCCUACAUUGUUCCUCAGAUUAAGAAGGGGUCACGCUACUUUAAACGACAAUUCGGAAUUUUUUGAAGUUCUGCCUGAAGAAAAACAAUUGGACAAUGUGAAGGUCGAGCAAGAAUUAGAACCAAAGUUUGAAGAUUUUGAGAAAGUUGAUUCGGACAAGAAUGACGAUAAGGAGAAAACUGAGUUUUGUUUUAAGUUUAAAUUCCCAACCUAUGAGGAAUUUAGUAAAGACAAGACAGAAACUGGUGAACUUAUCGCGUCUGAUUUUGUACCAGAAAAGAGUUUUAGCAGUUUAAUUCAAGAACCUGAGAUUGUGAACCUGAAUGCUGAAGAAAUUGGUUGUAAUAUGAAAGAUGUGUUUGAUUUGGAUGAAGAAAACAGGAAAGAAGUACCACAUCAUAAAAUGGAAGGCAUUCAGGAGGAAGAGGAGCACACAGGCGCGCCUGAACACCACGGUUAUCAAAAGGAAAUUGAAGGAAUGGAAUUCCUCAAGGGAGAAUCAGAUUCUGUGUGCAAACAAUUUUUGGGUGAUUCAGAUUUCCCUGAUGAAUUUUUGUUUCAAUCAGAGAAAGAUUCGUCAGGUACUGAUUCAGAUACUGUAUCAGUUGGUUUUGAGCAUAUGCGUUCGCUUAUGAGCAGGUUAGUAAAUUCCUACAGUGAUGGCUUCUUGUCAGAUGAAGAUUUUGGUGGUGAAUUUGAGCUUGAUCCUUUAAAUGAUAUUGAUUCAGACUUAAAAAAAUUUGAUUUGUCUGAAGAAAAUCAUGAAUCUGAGGAUUUUGAGGACAGUGAUAGUGAUAUAAUGGAAGAGUUGAGGGAAUUAGAACAAGAAGACCAGCAAAAUGACUCAGAAUUUUUAUCCCAGAAUGAUAUUCAUGAAGAUUUGGGCAUGGUUAAUACUUUAGAAUUUGUUACAGAAGAUGACAAGUUAAUAAAUGGUCCACAAGAGUCUGAAAAUCCCAAGUCAAUAAACACAGCUAUUGUUGACACUUCUGGGGAUGCAAACAAAUUAGAAUCCCUGUGGGAACAUCAAGAGUUGAUUGAACAAUUAAAGAUGGAAAUUAGAAAAGUCAGAGCCACGGGUCUGCCUACUAUUUUGGAAGAGUCUGAGUCUCCAACAAUGGACGAAUUACAACCAUGGAAGAUUGAUGAAAUGCUUCAUCGUGAAGAUUCUAUUAGCGAACUUCACAAAUUCUACAAGAGUUACAGAGAGAAAAUGCGAAAAUUCGACAUCUUGACGUAUCAGAAGAUGUAUGCAAUAGGUUAUCUACAGAAAGAUCCGCUAAAAGAUCCACUGCAAUUACUGUUCAACCAGAAAUCUUCAGGUCCAACACUAAAAUCCCUUCUCUCACAAAAUAUUAGGCUAUUCAAACAUAAAAGUCAUGAUAUUGACCCAAUGGUAAGGUUUAUCAAAGAAAUGCAGAGUGAUUUGGAAGUGGUAUACGUUGGCCAGAUGUGCCUUUCUUGGGAAUUUUUGCACUGGCAAUAUAUGAAGGCUUUAAAUUUGUGGGAUUCUGACCCACGUGGGAUCCGAAAAUAUAAUGAAGUAGCUGGAGAGUUUCAACAGUUUCAGGUGCUCAUGCAAAGAUUUAUUGAAAAUGAACCUUUUCAAGGGCCUAGAGUUCAAUAUUUUAUCAAGAGUCGAUAUGAUCUUCGUAAUCUUCUUCAAGUUCCUGUUAUUAGAGAUGACAGAGUGAAGGACAGAAACAAGGCAAGAACAAAAGAGAAAGCUGUUUUUUCAAUUACAAGUGACAUGCUAGUGGAGAUACUGGAAGAAUCUAUACGAAUAUUUUGGCGCUUUGUCAAAGCUGAUAAAGAUUGUUAUAGCGUGAUGACGAAAGGUCAAAAGGGAAUUCAUCCAGAGGUUCAAGAACAAGAGGACAUGGAGCUUUUACUGGAGAUAAAAAAAAAUCUUGAAAAGAAGGAGAAGAAGCUGCAGGAAGUUUUGAGAAGUGGAAAUUGCAUAUUGAGGAAGUUCAGGAAGAACAGAGAAGAGGAUUCAGAUCAUGUACUCUAUUUUUUCUCUCAAGUAGAUGUGAAAUUAGUGGCUAGGGUCCUCAACAUGUCAAGGCUAACCAAAGAUCAACUAGUGUGGUGUCACAAUAAAUUAAGCAGGAUUAGUUUUGUACAUAGGAAAAUACAUGUAGAGCCCUCUUUUUUGCUCUUCCCUUGUUAAUACUAGUCAUUGUUUU